UGCCACAAUCGAAUGCAGUCAUUCGGCAAAAUGAAUAGAUAACAGUAACACGGUAUUGAAACACGCUGAAAUUAGUUUGCUAUCUUUUAAUACCCGAUUAGGACGUAUCUGUAUUCCAUAACUAUGGCGUUCUUGAAAGAGAGCCAAGGCCACCUUGGGGACCUGACCGAAAAGUCCCGCAUCGAAUUGGUUGACCUCUUGGGAAGGCAAGAGAGACUCCUUCAGAAUAAGAAGUUUAUCAACAGUUUAAAGGACAAGGGGAAGAAGAUCCAAGAUUUCAUGAUUGAGUUGAAAAGAAUUCUAGCAGAAAAAGAUGAAAUAGAUGAUGCUGUUACUCUGUUCGAAGGGAUGUCUCUGAGGCAAAGUGAGAUGGAUGUAGACACUGGUGACAAGGGUCCAGAGAGGAAGGAUGUUCGAUUAAUAGAGAAAAUGGAACAACUGAAAGCAAAAAAGGGUCCUACUAUCCAAGAAAAGAAGGGACCAUUCAAACCAUUCAGCACAUUAAGAAGCGAUGUUACAAAACUAAUAGAAAAGCAAUGUGAUGUUGCUGAUGAUGAAGCCCAAACAUCAAACCAAACAGAUGUGAUGGUCACUAGCGAUAGUGAGACCAUUUCUGAUGCUCUUGGGAGAGUAACGGAUGAAUUGUUCAAAGAAUAUGAGAGUCGGGUCGCGCCUUUUACCUCACCACCAGUGCAAGAAUUAGUUUCAUCCGAUCCUGCCAGAGAAUAUAAAUUCGUUACUUUUGAUAUCAAGACCAACAGUAACGGGAGCGAUGCUGAGAUCUGUCAGAUUUCUGCAGUGUCCGCCGAAGGGGACAGUUUCUCUGAAUACAGUUUACCAGCUUACUUGUCAAGAGCUGCAGCAAAGGUGACCGGAUUAACAGUUGAAUACGAAGAAGGAAAGAGAAUUCUGCGCAAAAAUGGACAGACUUUGGAGGCCCAUAGUCGUCAGGUGGUCCUGAAGCAUUUUGUUGAGUAUGUCACAAAACUGAAGACAAAUAAUAGUGGUGCUAUGAUAGUUUUGGUUGGUACAACCAGUAUGGCUCAGCGACGGACAUUGCUAUAUAAUCUGAGGACAUUCAGUAUUCCAGUGCCAGAUGUGUGUUUUGCUAACUUCGUCCCACUACUAAGAUGUUUGCAAACGUGUGGAAAGAUCCGUGUUGACACUUGUGACCUUGAAUCUGUGUUUUAUUCCUUGUACAACUAUAAACUUGACUCUUCAGAUUCUCUAAUUGUUGCCCAGGCAGUCCAUAAAGUGCUCAAUGAUUCUAGACUCCAGCUGACCUCAGACAGUGUAGUGAAUGGAAUUGAGUGCGUAUCCUGUGACUAUGGCAAAGCUGACUUGGACUUCUUGACAGCCAAAAGGCAAAGACUGACUUCCCUUCGCGGGAAGAUGUUUGACUCUACAGUUUCUUCUCAUGAUGUGAUCACGGCUGACCUGGCAAAAAAGAUAGCUGCUUCAGGAUUGAAUUACAGUGAUCUUGAAACGUUAUACAAUCUAGGACAGGAUGUGUUCAUCUGUGUAUUAGCGAGACCUCCUACAAGCUGUCCUGGCUGGGGAUCCAGAGUUAGUGACAGUGCCGAUGUGCUGCUAAGAAUUUACAACCAUUUUGUUAGGAAGAAUAGGCCAAGUCAAAAGUUCGAAGGUGUGCUUACUGCAGGAACUUUGGUGAAGACUGGUUCUGCCAAACUUGUGACUUUGGAAGAAUCGUUGCAUUUGCAAAAGGCACAGAAGGCUAAAUUGGAGGAACUUCAAGCCAAACAAGCUUGUGCCAGACUCGCCUGUACUUCGCAUAUCAAACUUGAACCAUUUGAUCCCGAAGCCACAAAGGGACAAGGAUAUCGCAGGCCACCUCAGGAGGCUGCUGUGAGUAGCGACAGUGAUGAAGAUGCACAAGAAAGGGACUACCCAGACUAGCACUGGUGUAUCACUACAUAAGAACAAGGUGCAUUUAAAAGAGACACUUGCUGAGAGGGGUGAUUGUAUUUCAUUGUGUUGUGAGGUGCUUUGGUGAAACUCAUAAACACAGUGAACAAUAAAUAGUAUUGGGUUUGCUCGUUGUUGAAGUAAUGGCAUGUGUAUCACAGAAGAAACAGACAAAAGGAGAUUUUGUUAGGAGCGUUUUCACACAUGGUUACUCUUUGACCCCUUCCCUUACAGUAAUUGGGGUGGGGUCUUUUGAUUUUGCCUACCGUGUGAGGUGUGUCCUCACUUCCACCUUGAGUAAACCUGAAACCAUUGUCCCUUGUGAAUGUGACAGAAGACACGCGGGCUUGUGCGGGUUUCCGAUUAACAGGACUUGUCCUUAUGUAUCGCCCAUUCACUGUUUGUGACAUUUGCUACUACGGAUGCAAUAAAUGAUAUGUUACCU